AUGUCGAACAGCAGUCCACUACCUGCACCGUCGAACGACCAAAAUUAUGUGGAACUCUCACCAAUACCCGGCGGCUCCAUUACACUGGCAGACAACUUCUUCGUCCACCCAGCAACACCAGGAGCCAAGCGAACAGUACCAUCGUUAACCUUCUUGGUGAAACAUCCCGGAACAUCUCUCUAUGGCGGUAAUGCCACCGAGCCAUUCCACAUGAUGUUCGACCUAGGCCUCUGCAAAGCCCAAAACCGCUACCCGGAGAAUCUACAAAAGCACAUCGACGGCCGAGCACCCUUCAAGCUUGAACCUGGAGUCGCCGCUCAGCUCGAAGCAGGAGGUCUCAGCCCCGGCGAGAUCGACCUCGUGAUCUUGAGCCACGUCCACUAUGAUCAUCACGGAGAUCCAGAGGACUUUCCCAAUGCACAGUUCCGAAUCGGCCACGGUGCUAUGGAUGUGCUGAAGCACGGACUAGGCGGUAUCGCGAGCCAUCAAGUCUUCCUGCCAGACACACUACCAGAAUAUCGCUCCGCAGAACUACCACCACCAAGCGACAGCACUAAGUGGCAACCACUAGGCCCCUUCCCAUCCGCUCUUGACCUCUUCGAAGAUGGAAGUGUCUAUGUGAUCGACAUGCCAGGCCAUCUCCCAGGCCACGUCAACCUACUGUGCCGGACUAAAGAGAGAUGGAUCAUGCUGUGUGGAGACGCAUUCCAUGAUCGUCGUCUCUUAACUGGUGAGAAAGAGAUCGGAACGUGGGAGGGCCCCGGGGGUGUUUGUCUGUGCAUUCAUGUGGACAAAGAGCGUGCGGCGGAGAGUAUCGAGAAGUUAAGGGAGUUUGACCAGAUGACGGGAGAUUCGUGUGAGCUUAUUGCAGCCCAUGAGGAGGGUUGGUGGGAGAAGCAUCGGCAUUUGGUCUUUCCUGGGACGAUCUAA